AUGCUUCCGGAACCAACAAUCGCACUUACCUUUCCUAGCAUAAACGAUGGAACCCAUCUUGAUUGCCGUAUCUACCAUCCUCUCUCGCUAGCUGCGAACCCAGAAGCGCCAACAUGGCUGAAACAUGCCGCUGUGGUGGCUCAUCCGUAUGCACCCAUGGGAGGAUGCUAUGAUGAUCCUGUGGUAGGAGCUGCGGCUGCGCAAUUGCUUCGGAAGGGUUUCUUGGUAGCGACUUUUAAUUUCCGAGGUGCACAUGGAUCUGCCGGACGGACUUCAUGGACCUCGAAACCCGAACGAGAUGACUAUGCGACCGUUGUGGCUUUUGUUUUACACUACGUCCACUAUCUCGAUCCCUUCAAACCACAUAUAGAAAACGGUCUGCAGAGCGAACCCUCGACGCCGACAAGUCCAGACAUAUCAAUCAGUUUAGAUGCGGUCAUCACUCCAGCUCCUCGAGUACGACCAGUCUUGCUUAUGGGUGGUUAUUCAUAUGGUGCAUUUGUAACGACUCGGAUACCCCCGCUCGAUGCGAUCCUCCAGCCAUUCAUUUCACCAAUUGCAGGCUCUGAUGCAGCAGAAGUUCGCCUUCGAGCUGAGCAUUUAGCCGAACAGCAGAAUGUCAUCCUGUCGAGUACGCGGUCUGCUAUGAUGGAAGGGUCGAGAGGGAGGAGUAAGCGCGGUGUCAGAGUUGGCGGUGAUGAGAGUGGUAGUCGCAGUCCCCGACGAAGCCAAUCAAGCGCAAGAAGAAGCUUUUCCUUGGACGAUGAGAGAUUCCGAAGGGGCGUUCAUGACUUUAUCGCAAAGGCGCGGGUAGGCAGGCAUUCUCGCAAUGUCUCGCAGACGUCUCCGCCAAAGGUUCCUAAACAGCCCCAACCGGGAGAAAGUCUACCGAGAAUUACGGAUCUCACCAUACCGAGGCCGGCUUAUCUCAUGAUCUCACCACCUCAAGGCAUCGUCAUGCACGCACUGUCCAUGUCAGUUCUUCCGUCGGCGCUCACAAAGAAUAAGGAUCCGCAUGAUGCGGCGGCGGAGGAAAAGCUUAUCACGAAUCCAUCAUUAGUGAUCUUUGGGGAUCAGGAUGGGUUCACAGCUGCGUCAAGGUUCAGAUCUUGGACGGCCAGGUUGCGCGAGAAAGCGGACUCCGGGUUCAGAGGAGUCGAAAUUGAAACGGCGGGACAUUUUUGGACUGAGGAGGGAGUUUUGAAUCAGUUAAGAGACGUGGUUGGAAAGUUUGCUAUUGAUGUACUUGCGGGUUAG